CAUUGUCAUACAAAUACAGCUCUCUCAGACUCAUGGACUCACUCAUGUUCAGAGCUGAGAAGAACACUGGUCCUGGAGAGACUAGGGGCUCUAGACUUGUAUUUUCUUCAAAGGCACCAAAUGAAUCCCACCUAGGGAUAUAUGGAAACAUAACCACAGACUAAAGACAAGAAGCAAGCAUUCUCAGUUCAAUGGAGAAGCCUUAUGGUCCAGAGGUCAAGUUCAUGCUGGAUGUGAGCACAGCACAUCCUGCACCCAGCACCCUGACCAGAGGACAAUGGUCAAGCAAAAUGGAGUUCCUCUUGGCUGUUGCAGGACAAAUCAUAGGCCUAGGAAAUGUGUGGAGGUUCCCUUACCUGUGCUACAAAAACGGAGGAGGGGUGUUCUUCAUUCCUUAUGUCCUCUUCCUCUUUACCUGCGGCAUCCCCCUGUUUCUCCUGGAGACGUCACUCGGCCAGUACACCAAACAGGGAAGUAUUACCUGCUGGAGGAACAUUUGUCCCCUUUUUGAAGGGAUAGGUUAUGGCAAUCUUGUGGUUGUUUUAUACGCCAGCAUCUAUUACAUCAUCAUAUUGGCCUGGGCUUUCCUGUAUCUCUUCAACUCUGUCAACGCUGAACUUCCCUGGGCGACUUGCAGAAACAACUGGAACACAGAGACCUGUGUGGAGUUUGAUCGAAGAGCUGGUUAUUUGAACUGGACUGCUGCUGAAAAUGCAACAUCACCAGUGAGAGAGUUUUGGGAGAGAAGAGUUCUGAAUCUUACAGGAAGUAUCCAUGAUUUAGGCAGCAUUCGAUGGGAGCUGGCUCUGUGUCUUCUGUUGUCCUGGAUCAUCUGUUACUUUUGUGUCUGGAAAGGAGUAAAGUCCACUGGGAAGGUAGUUUACUUUACCGCCACAUUUCCAUAUCUGAUGUUGGCGGUGCUGCUUGUUCGUGGAGUCACGUUGCCAGGGGCCAUAGAUGGGAUCAAGUUCUACCUCUACCCAGAUCCAUCCCGCCUGUCUGAUCCACAGGUGUGGAUGGACGCUGGCACACAAAUAUGUUAUUCCUAUGCUAUUUGCAUUGGGUGUCUAACUUCACUUGGCAGUUAUAACAAGUACAACAACAACUGUUACAAGGACUGUGUGUACUUGUGCCUUCUGAACAGUGGGACGAGUUUUGUUGCUGGCUUUGCCAUUUUCUCUGCACUUGGAUUCAUGGCAUAUGAGCAGAACACAGACAUAUCAAACGUGGCAGAGUCGGGCCCCGGCUUGGCGUUCAUUGCCUAUCCUCGAGCAGUUGCCAUGAUGCCUUUUCCCCAAAUCUGGGCGAUAUUCUUCUUCGUUAUGAUCAUCCUGCUGGGACUGGACAGUGAGUUUGUAGGUCUGGAAGCCCUCGUAACAUCAAUUUCAGACACAAAUCCUUCCUUCUUCCAUGUUGGCCAUCGACGUAAACUUCUUCUACUUGUGAUCAGUGUUGUCAGCUUCUUCAUUGGACUUGUGAUGGUUACAGAUGGUGGACUGUACAUCUUCCAGUUGUUUGACUACUAUGCCUGUAGUGGGAUGACUCUACUUCUCUUUGCCAUACUGCAGUCUGGUUGUGUUGGAUGGAUAUACGGUGCAGAUCGGUUUUAUGAUAACAUAGAGGACAUGAUUGGAUACAAGCCUUUACCCCUGCUUAAGUAUUGUUUGAAAUACGUCACUCCAGUAAUAUGCAUGGGAACGUUUGUUUUCUCCUUAAUCAAAUACACUCCUCUGAAGUUCAACAACAUAAUUGAGUACCCGUGGUGGGGCUAUGCUCUUGGCUGGUGGUUCACUCUCUCCUCUACGCUCAUUGUUCCUCUAUUUAUGUUGUACAAAUUGAGCACCACUCCUGGUACACUGCGACAGAGGAUCUCAAUCUUAUGCACUCCAGCUGAAGACAUUUCUUCGAACAAAUCAGACAACUGCUGAACUGCUCGACUUGACCGCAUCUCCUGACAGCAUGGUGUCCUAUUGACGACAACAAACUGGAGCAGCUUCACAUUUACUGAACACCAUGAGGCAUAAGGAAAAGCACGUCUUCAAUACAGUCCUACUCAAUUUAAGGAAAGGUUCAAAAUCUUUUUGGCCCUCUUAAACAAAGCAAUGUCUAUUUGUUGCUCUCAUCCACAUUUAAUGGUCGCAAAUAAAUGCAGCUGUCUCAGAUGUCACUUGAACUCUUAUCGCUGACAGCACUGACAGCUAGUGAGUAGGGCUGCAACUAUUGAUUACUUUCAUUAUCAGUUGAUCUAUUGAUUUCUAAUACUUAUUGUCAAAUGUCAGCAAAUAGUGACAAAUGCACAUCUGAAUUUCCCAGAGCCAUGAGUUCAGAUGUUCUGAAGACAAUAAAUUACCUUUAAUAUAAAAUGAAUAAAAAGCAGCAAAUCAUUCACAAUCCUCACGUUGGUGAUGGAUUAGUAUUCUUUUGAUCAAUUGAUUCAUCUCUUAGUUGUUUCAUAUCUAUUAGCAAGUGAACCUUAAAUGUUAUCGGUCAUAUUGAUAUUUUAAAUAGUUAUUUAUGUAAAGAAAUAUUGUUUUGUUUUGUUUAACCAGGUUGUAUAACUAUCUGGAGUUAAAUAACACUGAUAAACACUUGCCAAAUAAGCCAUACAGAUUGAACAAUUGAGUCACUUUUAGGUCGCUGUGAGUGACGGAAAUUUUAUUUUGAAUUGUCAAUAUAACUAAAACAGUGACAUUAAAGAAGAAAGGUUAUCCAGCAAUAAGGGUGGGAUUCAAACCUCGGACACUGCCUGCACCAUAGCCAUCUGAGCCACCGGGCUGUCCCAACAUUAAAGUGUUUCUGACCUGUGCCAAGUACUGCUAAAAACUAAAAACGACUUAAAAAGUGCAUACUGCUCACACAGAUAGGAAACAGCUCAGCAUUUACAAGUUUGUGUUUGGCUUUAAAACUAAACAUCAGCGAGUUGAAUUGUGGCGAUGGCGUCCAUCACCACAAUUCAACUCGCUGAAGUUUUGGUGCUUUACCAAAUGCAAAAAAACAGAAACACAGAGCAAACCUGUUGGUUGUAACAGUUAGAAUCACAAAGGGUAUAAUUUUAACAGAGUUAAAAGCUCUAAGCUCUAAGCUUGUUUAUUAUAGUUGUUAUUCAAAAGGCGCAGGUCGAUAUUCAUGUCAUGUUCGAUUGUUUUUUGUAUCAUGUAUCAUUGACAUUUGUGGCAUUAUUCCUUUAUGUAAAUGCUGUAACAUGACAUUUUUCACAUUUCAAGAUCACUCAAUAACUUUUUUUUUUUUUUAAGAAAAUGUUUUCUAGAUAUCUGUGGAACAAAUUCAAUGAAUUACAACCCUUUGUCAUAAUCCACGACAACAUACGUUUCCCUCUAAACAUAUUCCACAAUACAGUUUUAUUGGAUAGAGAGAGCUGAUGAACUUGUGUUUAAAUUGAGAACAUUUUAUACAUUCAUACAUUUAAUACAUUAUGAUCAACCAGUUUGCUAAUAUUUAAUUAAUGAAAAUGUUCAUGUGAUUGAAAGAAUCAUAGGACUGUUACAUAACACGUUAAACGUCAUGGUUUGAUUCUUAUUAAACAAUGUGCCAUUUGUAAAUAUUACACAUGCAUAUAGCCAUCUGGUAUUCAUGUGAUAAAUUACUAAUAGGCCUCAGUAAGCUGGUGGCUCAUCAGUAUUGAUUAUUUCAUUUGGUCAAACUGACUUAAGAAUCAGAAUCAGAUAUAAUAAAAUAUACUGUAGGUCAUUAAUUUAGAAACAUUCUGUAAUGAUCAGUUACCAGUUUGUUGUCGAAUGAACGUUUUUUGACCAUGAAAACCAUGAAAAUCAACAAUCUGUAAAUUCAGUUUUAAUAAAAAUGUUAACAAUUCAUAUUAUUUGAAAUAAGUCACAAUAAUUCAGAAAUAAUUUGUUUUGUGAGUACACUACAGAAACAGGUUAUUGUCUGGGUGGUGUAGUUUUUAGAGCCCAAUAAAGGAAUCAUAAUUCAUAA